AUGGCUCCUACACAGGCUCAGAUUGACAUUGUCAAGGCCACAAUCCCCAUUCUCAAGGAGCAUGGCACCACCGUAACUUCCACCAUGUACAAAAACAUGAUUGGAAACAACCCAGAGCUGCGCAACGUCUUCUCCAUGCGAAGCCAAGCAACCGGCGCCCAACCCGCUGCCCUCGCUGCCUCCGUCCUCGCCUACGCCACGUAUAUUGACGAUCUCCCCAAGCUGCAGCAUGCCGUCGAGCGCAUUGCCCAGAAGCACGUCUCCCUCUUCAUCCAGCCCGACCAGUACAUGAUUGUCGCCAAGUACCUCAUCGAGGCAUUCGGCAUCGUCCUCGGCGACGCCUUCACCGACGAGAUCAAGGACGCCUGGGUCGCCGCCUACCUCCAGCUCGCCGACGUCUUCAUCCAGCGCGAGGCCGCCCUGUACAAGGGUGACGGCGAGUGGACCGACUGGCGCGACUUCAAGAUUGUUAAGAAGGAGCUCGAGAACGAGGCCGUCGCCAGCUUCUACCUCGAGCCCGUCGACGGCAAGCCCAUCCCCUCCUACCUCCCCGGCCAGUACAUCAGCCUGCAGCUGCCCAUCCCGGGCGUCGACUUCAAGCAGAGCCGCCAGUUCAGCCUGAGCGAGGCCCCCGCCAAGCAGCCCACCUACUACCGCGUCAGCGUCAAGCGCGAGGAGACGAUUGGCGAGGCCGACGCCGCGACCAAGGAGGUCGGCCAGGUGCCGGGCCUCGUCUCGAACCUGCUGCACGCCAAGUACAACGUCGGCGACGUCGUGGAGCUCAGCGCCCCCCACGGCGAGUUCUUCGUCGACCCCGCCGUGCCCGUCGAGGGCGACAAGCCCAUCGUCCUGCUCUCGGCGGGCGUCGGCGCGACGCCCAUGCGCUCCAUCCUCGAUGCCGUCCUCGCGUCGCCGACGACGGGCACGCGGCCCAUCAAGUGGAUUCACGCUGCGCGCCGGGCGGGCACCUCGCUCUUCGUCGAGCACGCGCGUGAGGUGGCGGCCAAGCACGAGAACGUCACUGCGACCAUCUUCCUCAAGGAGGUGAAGGAGGGUCAGGUGAAGGGUCAGGCGUUCGACUUUGAGGGUCGCCUGGAUCUCGGCAAGCUGGCCGAGGAGAAGGCUCUGUCGCUGGAGGAUGAUGGCGCUGAGUAUUUCAUCUGCGGGCCUGAAUCGUGGAUGCUCUUUGUCAAGGAGUGGCUGCUGGAGCAUGGCGUUCCUCUAGAAAGGCAGCACCUUGAGCUGUUCAACACUGGCGACGUUGUUUAA